GGGAGAAACGCGCUCUUUAGUACCGGUACACUACUGCCUGUCCAAGACCAUCAAGGGUGGCCCCGGGUCGCAUCUGCGAGCCAAUGGGGUACCUAUUUCGAUGCUUCAAGCCUGCAGUGGAUCGUGGACGCUGACCUUUUUUGGGCAGGGGGGGUGUGAUUGGCGAUCGAGUGCCCACCAAAGCGAAGUAAUUCGGACGAUGCAAUCGCUACACUGCCUUGCUACGUGGAUGUACCUGUUAAAAACACAUGCCACAUGCUGCUACCUGAUAGAGACGCAUCAGGAAAACCCUGUCAUAAACCUUGUCGUAAACAUUGUUGAAUGGGAUUUGUCUGAAAGUGCUGCUAGGGCCUUGUCGCUGUGGCUGGAGGCGAAGGACGAUGACAUAAAAAGCGUCUUGUUUGCCAGAAUUCGAAGGGGAACUGUAGACCACAGCCCCUCCGGUGGAGAUUCAUCACAAGGUGUCCAGGUUCAAACAUGUCGUCUCAAGAAUCGGCCCAUGUUUCUAGUAUACAGUCAGCGAAGCAAGUCUGUUGCUGUUCGAUGCUGGAACGAAGUCCAUUUGCUUCAUUUCCCUCGAAUUUAUAGUCAGACGGGGACCAAUCGAUCAAUUGGGUAUCAAUAUCGGCACGAUGCGGCUUGGCUGAUUGUCAGCACCUUAACAGGCACUUAAGUCGGCCAUGCGAGCUGCUCAAUCUUGUUGAACCCUGUAUAAUGGAUAUAUAAUGAAUACUCCAUGGCUGGAAAGAGCUCUCUUGUGUUAUC